AUGUCAACAAGACCGCCCUCUCGCGUGGUAUUUGUGGGAAAUAUUCCUUACGGCCUCUCAGAGGAACAAAUUACGGAAAUCUUCAGCCGCGCCGGCAAGGUCGAACGAUUCCGACUAGUAUACGAUUCCGAAACAGGUCGUCCAAAGGGUUUUGGAUUUGCAGACUAUCCAGAUACUGGUUCGUCGAGUAACCCAUACGCCGCUACUGAGCACACAGCCAUCGCCUCCUCCACACUCCCUAGAAACCAUGCUGACCUCAUUUCUGCAACAGACAGUGCUUCAUCUGCGGUACGAAAUUUGAACGACUUUGAGGUUAUGGGUCGCAAGCUCCGCGUCGACUUUUCUAAUGAACAAAAGAGUGGUGACGAUGACAAUAGCCAAUCCACGUCGAAUCCAACUAAUGGUACGCCUACCAACGCAUACGGCGCACAGGCGAUCUCGCUACCUCCUCUCCCUGCCGGCAAGGAAAUCCCCCCGGGAUUGACCUGCACCGAUGCCAUCUCACGAACACUCAACACCCUCCCACCGUCCCAACUGCUCGAUAUCCUCGGACAGAUGAAGACGCUAGCUACCUCUGAACCCCAGAGAGCGACAGAACUCCUCCAGCAGGCGCCGCAACUUUCGUAUGCCGUAUUCCAGGCACUCCUUCUCAUGGGACUGGUAUCCCCCGAAGCCAUCCAGUCUGUCGCCGAUCCUACGGCUCCUCUCCCGGCGCCUCAACAACCAGCGACGGCGUAUCCCGGCUCUGCAGCGGUCUCCGCCUACUCAACUGCGAAUAACAACACACCACCAGUGGCCGGUAUGCCAUAUGCGCCGCCGGCAGCAGCAGCACCAACGACAGCCCAGCCGAGUUAUGGCGCCCCGGCGGCACCACCACCAGCAUCUGCGACAGCCCAGGACCCCGACGCUCUGAUGAGAGCCGUCAUGGACCUGACACAGGCCCAAAUUGACAUGCUUCCGGAAGCUGAUAAACAGCAGAUCAUGGCCCUGAGAGCCUCAUUUGCUGGUCAGCGGAGGUAA